AUGAACGCCGACGCACAGGAGCUGGUGCGCCAGCUCACGGAGAAGCCAGAGGUGUUGGAAAGUAUGCAGCACCUAAUCUCCCUGCUGCGCGCCAACCCUCAGCAGUGCCCCGGCACCAGCAAUGACGGAAGUCGCAGCAACGUGGAGACUACCAGACCUGAAAGAGGUGCACAGCAGUGGGGACGACCACCGCGCAGUGGAUGUGCCGCCAACGUCGACUACGGUCGCCACCAGACCACAAAUAUGCGGAAGCUGCACAGCAGUGAUGGCGCAGGCCGCAGUGCCAACUCGCCGUCUGCAUCGUCUUUAACGCAGGAGACGCACUCUUUCUACAGUGACGAUAGGGUGUAUGCCCGUAGCACCGUCAACGGUCAUAACGGCGCCACCGGCGGCGCAGCUUCGCCAACACCAUCCUUCGCCACCACAGGACUCCGCGGCGCACCUCAAGGGCCGACUGCAGCCUCACGACGUGGGCUACGCCACUCCCCGCUUCUCUCGACGCCACACGAGCAUCGCUCCGUCACGGCUCCCGAUGAGCAGCUGAUGGCCACCGCCACCAAACUGACAGAUGCUCAACGGCGCAUUGCAGAGCUGGAGAAGGAGCUGCAGCACACCACGCAGCGAGUGGACCAGCUCUCUGACGUGGUGCAGCGGCAGAAGGACGAGCUGCAGACCGCGCAAGAUCGACACCUGCUAGAGAUGGAGGAGCUGCGGCACUCUUACAAUGCCGUAAUUCAGCGCAAAGACGAGGUGCAGGGGGAGGCACUGCGCCAGCUGCUCAAGUCCCGCCAGCUGAUGGUAUCAGCAGCCAAGUACGAAGCCGUCGUGACGGCUAAGAAGUCUCAGGCUCAGCAACUCGCAAAGGAGAACAACCACGGCGUCGAUGACGGAAUGGGAAGCAUCAAGGUACUAGCAGGCAUGCAGACAGCUUACAGUGACAACGAGUGCGACACCCGCCCUGGGCUAGCGCAACGUCAGACAUCAGUGAACGCGCAGCAUUCGUCGGUGCUCGGCUACAGGUCGAGUACCGCAACAAAAUACAGCAGUGCUCUGAAGCGCGAGCGCCAGAAUGACGAUGAAGACGUCGUCACCGACGUCGAUCUCGUGGUUGAUGCUUACGAGCCUGGUGAUGCGCGAUACGGGGCAACAACCCAACAGCGCCCGCCAGCGAAGCGCUCCACGGCGGACUCGUGGCGUCUGCAGGGCAGCACUGAUCGCGCCGUGCAGGGACGAAGGGGCGUUGCGGCGACCAACGCGGAGACGUCUCCGGCGUAUAUCACCACCCCCACGCUCUGUGGUAAGACAUCCACCGCGCUUGUUGAGACGCGCACCCAACCACGCAGCGCGCGCAAGCGGCGCACCCCGCGCACGCCGAGUCUCACCAACGCUGACCGUCUCGCCGGGUCGGUGGCGGGGAACAGCGCCCGCUUGCAACAGCGCCUGCCGGGGACGGCGUCGCUGAAGAUCGAGAGCCCCACACCUGUGGCGAGCACGGCGUGGACGGCUGAUCGUUCUCUCACGAGCAGUCAUACGCCACCGCCACACUCCAGCGGUGGAAUGAACGCAGCUUCGGAAGCUGUGAUCAAGCCCCAUCACCUUUCGCAGCAGCAGUCGCAGCAACCUUCAUCCACGAAGCCGCCACUGACGCAGCGUGCAGCGGGCCGCCUACCUCCCGCUCAUCACCGCGCCGCGGCUGCCCCGACGGCGGUGCCCAACACGCGCAGUGGAACGUCUUCCAUCGCUUCCGGUGGCCCGACGCGGUCACCGUCGCCUGUGAACCCGAAGCGUGGCUCCACGCUGCCGCGCCGCUUUAUCUUCACAGGUCUGAAAGACCACGAACCCCAGCGGCUGGCUAGCGCAAUAGCCGCGGUCGGCGACGAUGCCGCGGCACUGGCGAGCGACCUCGAUGAGCCGCCGCCGAGCAGCACGACGCACAUUGUGCUGCGCGGAACCCCGCGUAGCGUCAAGGCCCUCUGCGGUGUGGUGUCGGGCAAGUGGCUCGUCUCACCAGAGUACGUGUACAACAGCCAACAAAGUGGCUUCUGGCUAGACGAGCUCGAGGAAGGCGGUCUGCGCAUCUUUCCGCCGCCGCUAAAGUGCCAGCGUUUUCUCCUGACGGUUGAGCAUCCAAGCAUCCGAGCGAAGCUGGCGCAGGUAAUCGAGUACGGUGGUGGCGAGGUCUUGCCAAGCGGCAGUGGCAAGCAUGGUGCCAGUGCCGGCAGCACCGUGGCGCAGGACGUCAUUGUAAUCACUUCCGGCGACGACCUUCUGCGAUAUGCAACACAAGACCGCGUGUAG